GCGUUUUUUCUUCUUCUCUCUCUUCUCCUUGUUCACUCCCAUUUCCUCUGCCCCCCUCUACCUCCUGCUCGUCCCACGUGUUUGAUUCGAGUUCAUGCUUAGUAGUUGCACGGGUGCGAUCUUCACUGAAUCAGAGACUCAUGGAUGUUGCUAAUAUUCCUCAAAUUCUAUCUCAGACGCUUAGCAAUGACGCUCAGGUUGUCCAUGGAGCUACCGAGUCUCUCGAUCGGCUAUCUUCUCAUCCUGAGCUUCCGUUUGCUUUACUCUAUAUUGCUACUGGAAAUCAUGAUCAAGGUCAGAAGGUAGCCGCUGCAGCUUACCUUAAAAAUUUGAGUCGAAGAAAUAUUGAGGGAGAAUUUCCAUGUUCAAAUGUCAGCAAGGGGUUCAAGGACGAACUGCUGAGAGCCUUGUUCCAAGCGGAACCGAAGGUUCUAAAAGUUUUGGUCGAAGUGUUUCAUAGCAUAGUGAUCAAUGAGUUCGUGAAGCAAAACUCAUGGCCUGAACUUGUGUCUGAUCUUUUCUCUGCUAUUCAAAACAGCAAUCUUUCCAGCAAUGGAGCUGAAUGUCAAAUGAAUGCAAUCAACGCCCUAUCUGUUCUCUGUACAACUUGCAGACCUUUCCAAUACUUUUUGAAUCCCAAAGAUUCUAAAGAGCCCGUACCACCACAGUUGGAGCUACUUGCAAACACAAUUAUUGUUCCCCUACUAGCUGUGUUCCAUCGUCUUGUUGAACAGGCUCUUUCUAACCCAGAUGGGAGGGAAGUUGAGAUAGAUAAGAUUCUUUCGAUAGUAUGCAAAUGUGUCUACUUUUGUGUAAGGUCACAUAUGCCUUCUGCUUUGGUGCCUUUGCUUCCGUUGUUUUGCCGUGAUUUAAUUUGCAUUCUAGAUUCUAUAAAAUUUGAGACUGCAGUUUCCCCAGAGUAUGGCAAUGUGAGCUGGUUGAAAACCACAAAGAGAAGCUUGCUUAUUUUCUGCGUCUUUGUUACCCGACACCGAAAGCAUACUGAUAAGUUGAUGCCUGACAUCAUAAAAUGUGUCUCGAACAUUGUGAAUUAUAGCAAAAAUGCCCAUAAGCUCGACUCUUUAUCAGAGAGGAUUAUUUCGCUAGCCUUUGAUGUAAUUUCCCAUGUUCUGGAGACGGGCCGAGGGUGGAGGCUGGUUUCUCCGCAUUUUUCAACAUUGAUACACUCUGGAAUAUUUCCAACACUUAUAAUGAAUGAUAAGGACAUUUCUGAGUGGGAAGAUGAUCCAGAAGAGUACUUAAGGAAGAAUCUUCCAUCUGACCUAGAAGAGGUUUCAGGCUGGAAGGAGGAUUUAUACACAGCCAGGAAAAGUGCAAUAAACUUGCUCGGCGUGAUUGCAAUGUCAAAGGGGCCUCCCACAGUGACCAGUGCGAAUGGUUCUUCAGCUUCAUCGAAGCGUAAAAAAGGCAACAAAAGAACAAAUAAUCAAUGUGCUACUAUGGGGGAGUUGGUUGUACUUCCAUUUCUUUUGAAGUAUUCUAUCCCCUCUGAUGCCAAUGCUUCCCAAACGAGUAUUGUAAAUAGUUACUAUGGUGUGCUACUUGCGUAUGGUGGCUUGCUUGAUUUUCUAAGGGAGCAACAACCUGGAUACGUGACGUUUCUAAUCCGCACAAGGGUGUUGCCUCUAUAUGCUAUGAAAACAUGCCUGCCAUACUUGAUUGCCUCCGCAAAUUGGGUCCUGGGAGAGCUUGCAUCCUGUCUGCCUGAUGAGGUCUGUGCAGAAACAUAUUCUUCAUUGGUUAAGGCAUUAUCCAUGCCUGAUAAAGAAGUUUCAUUUUACCCUGUGCGAGUUUCUGCUGCUGGGGCAAUAGCUAAGCUUCUUGAAAAUGACUACUUGCCACCUGAGUGGUUACCUCUUCUUCAAGUUGUAAUAGGUGGGAUUGGCCAAGAUGACGAAGAAAACUCUAUUCUGUUUCAGCUUCUCAGUUCCAUAGUGGAAGCGGGAAAUGAAAACAUUGGCAUCCAUAUUCCUCACGUAGUUUUGUCUCUGGUUGGUGCGAUCUCAAAAAGCAUACCUCCUAAUUUGGAGCCGUGGCCUCAAGUUGUUGAACGUGGGUUUGCAGCUUUAUCAGUGAUGGCUCAGUCUUGGGAAAACUUCAUACUUGAGCAAAUGGAGCAAGAUGCAUCAUGUGAACGGUCAACAUCUGAUCAAGCCACAAUCAGCAGGUCAUUCUCGUCUCUCUUGCAGGAGGCGUGGCUUCAACCCAUGUACUCAUUGAAGUCCGAGGAAAUGGAUGAUGAUCGGGAAUUCAUGCCCCCUCCAUCAUGCAUAGAUCAUUCAUCAAGGUUGCUUCAGUUCAUCAUGUUGUCUGUUACAGAGAGCAAUACUAUUGAAGAGCUUAAAAUAUCUGAAUUAGUAUCAGUUUGGGCUGAUAUUAUUGCUGACUGGCAUUCUUGGGAAGAGUCAGAGGAUUUCUCAGUCUUUAAUUGCAUUAUGGAAGUUGUUAGAUUAAAUAGCAAAUAUGCACUGAAGAACUUUUUUGUGAAGUCAGCACCAUCUCCUCCAGCUCCACCAGUGCCUCGACGAUCUAUUGUAGAAAACAUUGGAGCUUUCAUUAAUCAGGCAAUCUCAAAAUAUACAUCUGCUACAUGGAAAGCUUGUUCGUGUAUUCCUAUGUUAUUGAAUGUUCCAAAUUACUCAUUUGAAGCUGAAGGUGUUAAGGAGUCGCUAGUAGUCACAUUUAGUCAGACAUCAUUUUCCCGUUUUAGGGAAAUCCAAGGCCAACCCAGUGCAUUAUGGAAGCCUUUAUUGCUUUCCAUAUCAACAUGCUAUAUCUGUCAUCCUGACACUGUAGAAAGAAUUUUGGAGAAGUUUGAUGGAGGAGGCUUCACUGUCUGGGUCUCAGCCCUGGGUUAUCUCUGUAGCAGCUCUUUUGCACCUGGUCUGUCUGCGGAGUCGGAGAUAAAGCUGAUUGUGAUGACAUUUGCCAAGGUGUUAGAACGAAUAAUUGAGUUAGGAAAGCCAAGAGACGAUUUUCUGUGGAAGUGCUUUGGUUCAUUGAUGGAGGCAUCUAUACAGCUGAAAGAAGUGCGAGAAGAAAAGGAAGAAGAAUCUGACGAAAAUGAAGAGGAGGAGGAGGACGAUGACGAAACAGAGGAUGAUGAGGAUUCUGAUGCUGAUGAGCUUGAAGAAACUGAAGAAGAAUUUCUGGAUAGGUAUGCUAAAGCAGCUAUUGAAUUGGAAAACUCUACUUUUAUUGAAGAGGGGAAUGUGGAAGAUGAAGACCAGGAUAUUGAAUUGGGUUGUUAUGAAGAGGUUGAUGAGGGAAGGAUCAUAUACACUCUAUUGGAGAAAUAUCACCCCAUCCUGAUUCAAGGACAGGGGUGGCCGUCAGAUCUCCCAAUGAGAUUCUUGAAUGCAUAUCCAGAUUAUACUGCGUUUCUCCGACUCUCUGGGAUGGAAGAAAAGAGCCCAAAGUAAAAGGUCAAAGCUGAUGUACGUUGGAUCCUUACAUCAUGGUACGUGGAAUCAUAUCAACCGUUCAAUAUCUAUGCAUUAUAUUGGUAAGCUUCGUACUUUACGAAUUAACAUUGGGAAUUUUCUUUCUAGCCUGCCUCUCUCUAUAUAUUAAAAGGAAAAUAAGAUAAAAAGAGCUUUCCUCUCA